AUGCAGACUUCUUCUUUCGAGGGAGGAAGUAGAGUGGUGGAGGAUUUGCUCUUGAUGGAAGGUGAUCCGACAACCUUCUCAACACCGAAUUAUGAUGCCUUGUUGGAGGAAAUUACAUUGAAAAUGGAAGAAAUGGAUCGGAGAAGAAAGGACAAUUCAAUAUCCUUACCAGAAGAACAACAAUACCAAGGUUCAUAUCACCUACUUUUUAAAUCGACUUGCUCUAAAAUUUUUAGAGAAGAACGAUACCAACUUCCCUCAAAUUUCAAUAUUUUGAAAACCUCAGCUUCGAAUGAAAAUUUAAAUGAUUUUGAAUUGGAAGAGGAAAUUUCUUCAUUCACCUGUGGAAUUGUAUCUCAUCUUGUUAAGGGAAUUGCUGAUACUCACCCAAAAAAAGAUAUUGACAAAAGAAAAAUUCUUCUUUUAAAUUUGGCUCUAACACUUGAAGUGGAUGACGUUUUUAACUUUGAGGAUUUUGAAAUGUUACACCAAAUUAUUGAUGUGAUGCACAUAAUUGACCUUAUUACUUCGCUCUAUAUCAAUAGAUUUUUAAACAAGUUUAGUGAAAUAUGCUUGAUAAUAGCAGAUCACUUCUAUCAGAAAACUCAUUCAGAAUUAAGAGGCAGAUUUUUCGAUAUUCUAGAGAUUGCUCUUGGAUUUCAAGAUAGCAUAUCCUUCAUGAUCGACGAGAAAAAAAAAUCCACAAAAUUAUUUCAGGAUAGAUCCAACAAAUUGUCAAUAUCAGCACCAAAGAGAAUGGAGUUCUAUUUCAACUCGAAGUCCAUUAGUUAUUCUUAUGACAAUUUUGUGAAGAGUAUAAUCAGUAAUCUUUCCAUAGAGGUUUUGUUUGUUAUUGGAGAGUUUUGUUCAGAUCUUUUCUCCAGAAACAUAUCCUUUGAAUUGUUUGUCAGCAUAAAUAAUGAGUAUAUAAUUCUGCAGGACUUUAAGGCAAUAAUGGACAGAGUUUUUAACAUAACCACAAUGUUAAUUAGGAAUAAUCUUGAGGAUGCUGCUUAUUCGACACUACUAUAUGGAUGCGACAGGCUUUGCCUUCUUGCAUCCAUGGAAAGUGAUGUAAUAUUAGAUGAAGCUGCCUACAAUUAUUCACAACUUCUUAACUCGUACAGAGAAAAAUGUAAAUCCUUCCGAAAAUUCAUAGUGGACUAUCAUAUGAGCAUAAUAUCUCUAUAUUGUACUCCAGACGUAAGGUAUCUCAUGGAUUGGGAUACACACAGAAAAUUCCAUAACGAUGAGAGGUGUAGUUAUGGUAUCCAAAUGUGGAAUUACAACAUGAAGGGAAUUUGUAAAGAUCUUUUCAAAGUGUUACCAGACUAUUUCGCGAGUGAUCUUUUUGGUGAAAUACUCAUCCAUAGUAUUAAACUGUGGAACGAAACCUACUCUAAUAUUUUUCCUUCAACCAAAAAGAAAGUGGAUCAAUACAAGAGUGACAUAACCUUUCUAGUAAUGUAUUGUCGAUCUUACAGAGGAGUAAUAGACUCAAAAACAGAGAAAAUAGUGAAUAGGGAGUGUUUGAGAAUGCUCGUGUACAUGGCUCUAAUAUGUGCACCCAUUGAUGUUUUAAAAUCUUUUCUUGAAAGUUACCAAAGAAAGGAAGGAUCUCUUCAAUGUGCAAAAUUUUCAGUCAUAUUUCAACAAAAUAAGAUGGAAAAAUAUAUCAAAGGCAUACCUGUGGUUGUGUGGAACUCUCCCAAGUUCAAUCCCAUGUUUGAUUUUAAUCCGCUCAAAGAGUUCAAUAGAAUAGGUAAUGCAGGAAACGUUAAUAACGAGUUAGAGUUUUCGGAGAUUAAGAACGUUUCUUUCGAUUUUUCCAUGUUACUUCACGGCUAUUAUAUUUGUGAUAUCUCUCUCAGUAACAUGUCCAACAGAAUUCAACUCAGGUGUGAAUAUAACGACAACGAUUAUCCACCUCUGCCUGAUGAGGAAAAAAUUCUACGAGAGGACGUCAAAGGAAUACUAGCUGCUUUGACUCAAUAA